UGGGUGUAAUCUCACUGCUCACAUUGUGAAACUCUGUCAUCAGCUCUACAAUCCUCAAAGUUGUCCUGAUGGAGCUUUGAUCUGAAUAACAAUGACCUGCAAGGAUUCAGGAGUGAAGCUGCUCUCUUAUGCACUGAAGAGUCCAAACUGUCACCUUGAGAUACUGAGAUUGUCUGGCAGUAUGGUAACGGAGGAAGGCUGUUGGUUAUGUGUCUUCAGCUCUGAGUUCAAACCCUCACACCUGAGAGAGCUGGAUCUGAGCUACAAUCACCCAGGAGAUUCAGGAGUCAAGUUGCUCAAUGACAAACUGAAGGAUCCAAACUGCUCACUACAGAUGCUCACUUUGGACCAUGGAGGACAUUUCAGGAUCACACCAGGACUGCAAAAAUAUGCCUGUGAUCUCGCAUUGGAUCCAAACACAGCACAUGCUCAACUCAUCCUAUCUGAAGGAAACAGGACAGCAAAACAUGUGGAAAAGAAGCAACCGUAUCCAGAUCAUCCAGACAGAUUUGAACUCUGUGAGCAGGUUCUGUGUGAAGAGAGUCUGACUGGACGCUGUUACUGGGAGGUUAAAUGGAGCGGCACAGGUCUUGUAGGGCUGACCUAUAAAGGAAUCAUCAGGAAAAGUGGGGCUGACUGUUGGUUUGGACUCAAUGAAAAGUCCUGGGGAAUGUACUGUAGGGAUAUAAUUUACACUGUCUGGCACAAUAACAAGAGCACUGAUAUAUCUGGCCCUUCAUCUCGUACUAAUAGAGUAGGAGUGUAUGUGGACGUGUUUGGCCGGCACUCUGUCCUUCUACAGUGUCUCUGACACACACACACUCACACACAUAUACACAUUCAACACCACAUUCACUGAACCCCUCUAUGCUGCAUUUGGGGUUUAUCCUGAAUCUUCAAUGUCUCUGUGUUAAAUUUAACCCCCUGGAGUCGUAUUUUCUCGAUGACCGCAGAAACAACUAAAAAUGCUCCUUCAUUUUUGAUUGCACAGAUAAGAAUAAGGUCAUAAUAACAACAACAAAAACAAUGUGCUUUUGUAAAAUAAAGAAAAUAAACAGGGUGCGUUCUCCGCCGUCUCACUACACGGAAAUAAAACAACAUUAAUCUCAGCGAAUAUUUGCCUCAAAGAUAUGAUAAAUAUAUUUAUAUAAAGCUUGAAAUGUCUACUUUUAAAGGAAGUCACGUCCAAAACAAAUAUUCUCUGUUAAAGUUGGUAAUGCUAGUGAGAGGUCUCUUAAAUAAUUGAAUCUAUCCCAUGUUCAGUAAGAGGGGGAGAUAGAUUAAAAUGGCUUUUACAACAAGAAACUUUCUGGAUUUAUACACUUAAGGGGACUAAGCCUCUUGGGUUUAAUGAAGAAAUAUAUUUUUUAUCUUUUUUAUUUUAUUUUUAAUUUUUUAUUAUUUUUGUAAGUUUUUGUAUUGU